AAAGGUUCCUGAAAAUAAAAAAAAACUAAAGAAGGAAGCCGUAAACUGCCCUCUCCUCCUCUCGCCGCGACUACACGUCCGCAAGCACCACCCUCUGAUACCCAGAGACAAGCAAAGAGCAACUGCAGAUGGCCAAGCAACCGGAGGUAAUCAGAGACAAGGCCUGCAUGCGUUCAUGGUCGAGGUUGCACAGAUGGAAGGGCAAAAUCCUUGCCCUCGUCCCCACCAUGGGCUUCCUCCACCAGGGCCACCUCUCCCUCAUCCGGGAGGCCAAGGCCCAAGCCGACGUCGUCGUCGUCUCCAUAUACGUCAACCCCGGCCAGUUCGCCCCCUCCGAGGACCUCUCCACCUACCCAUCCGAUCUCCACGGCGACCUUCAGAAGCUCGCCGACGCCGAAGUCGACGCCGCCUUCUGCCCCUCGAAUAUCUACGAUUGUGGAAGCGAUGGGGUGCCCGGGGAAGUGGGUUCUGGCGGCGGCGAUGAGAGCACGGCGGUUUCUUGCCUCGAGGCCGGGGAUGGUAGGGGGAGAGAAGGUCAUGAGACAUGGAUUAGGGUCGAGAGGCUGGAGAAGGGGUUGUGCGGGAGGAGCAGGCCUGUAUUCUUUAGAGGGGUUGCCACGGUUGUGGCCAAGUUGUUCAACAUUGUUGAGCCUGAUGUCGCGGUCUUCGGGAAGAAGGACUACCAACAGUGGCGUAUUAUUUGUCGGAUGGUUCAUGAUCUUGAUUUUGCAGUAAGGGUAAUUGGUUCAGAGAUAGUUCGUGAAGCUGAUGGUCUUGCCAUGAGCUCACGCAAUGUGCACCUCUCACCUGAAGAGAGGGAAAAGGCAUUGUCCAUCAACAGGUCAUUGUUACAAGCUAAAUUUUCUUUGCAAAAGGAGAAAUACAGUUGCCAAGACCUGAAAAAUCUAGUAGUUCAGACAAUAACUCAAGCUGGUGGUAGAAUUGAUUAUGUUGAGAUUGCAGAACAGGAAACUCUGAUUCCGGUAAAAGAGAUCAGCAGCUCGGUUGUCGUGUGUGUUGCUGCUUGGUUUGGAAAUGUUAGGCUGAUUGACAAUAUGGAAAUCAACAUAUGAAGCAGAAUGCAUUUACCGAUGACAAAAAAUUCAGAAUGUUGACAAAAAAUUCAGUCAAAGAAAAACGUAUUUUUCCCAGCCAAUAGAUCCCCAGUUUGACCACUGAUGGAUCACUAAAAGAUAUGUGGUGCUCCCAUAUUAGAUAAAUAAAUGAUCAUUUUUUUGCAAACAGAUGACUCACAUAUAGUAUGAAUUUUUGGAUUGGGAAGAUGUCCAGGCAGUACUGAUUUCCCUUUUUUUUUUUCACUUCAGAUGCUGAAAGUUUUGCUUUCUUGUUCCA